GUCUGAGCGCUUUGUGAGAGCUGGAUUUGACCACUUCGCGGUAGAGAAGAGCCGGGCUGACUCGACCACAGGAGGCGUAGCUCUGCCACGCUUGGAUGGAGACCUCCAGAAAGGAGUAAAGAAUAGUUGUUGAAUUUAACAUCAUCCACAAGGCAUCUACAAGACUGUGACUCAAGGUUGAGACCAAGAAAUUAUUUCUGAAAAAGGAUAUUUUUGGAAUAGAAUCAUCCUGAUGGGAGAUAAUGGAAAGACUUACAAAACACAGCAUUGAGUAUUCAAGUUUCAGAGGUGAUCGGGAAUGGAAAAGCCAGUUUGAGAGAAAACAGGGACCUCAGGAAGGACAUUUCACUCUCAUAUGUACUGCAGAAGACAUGCCCACUCUCAGUACCCAGCAUCAGACAGUUCACACUGAUGAGAAACUCCUUGAAUGUAAGGAAUGUGGGAAGGAUUUUGGUUUUGUAUCAGUCCUUAUACGGCACCAGCAAAUUCAUACUGGCGAGAAACCUUAUGAGUGUAAAGAAUGUGGCAAGGCCUUUGGUAGUGGUGCAAACCUUGCAUACCAUCAGAGAAUUCACACUGGUGAGAAACCUUAUGAAUGUAAGGAAUGUGGAAAAGCCUUUGGUAGUGGCUCAAAUCUUACUCACCACCAGAGAAUUCAUACUGGGGAGAAACCAUAUGAAUGUAAGGAAUGUGGGAAAGCCUUUAGUUUUGGAUCAGGCCUUAUUCGACAUCAGAUAAUUCAUAGCGGUGAAAAGCCUUAUGAGUGUAAGGAAUGUGGGAAGUCCUUUAGUUUCGAAUCAGCUCUUACUCGGCAUCACAGAAUUCACACAGGUGAGAAACCUUAUGCAUGUAAAGACUGUGGGAAAGCUUUUGGCAGUGGUUCAAACCUUACUCAGCAUCUGAGGGUUCAUACUGGUGAGAAACCUUACGAAUGUAAAGCAUGUGGAAUGGCAUUUAGCAGCGGCUCAGCACUUAAUCGUCAUCAGAGAAUUCAUACAGGUGAGAAACCAUAUAUAUGUACUGAAUGUGGAAAGCCCUUUAGUUUUGGAUCAGCCCUUACUCGUCAUCAAAGAAUUCACACCAGUGAGAAACCUUAUAUAUGUAAGGAAUGUGGGAAAGCUUUUAAUAGUGGCUCAGAUCUCACUCAACAUCAGAGAAUUCACACUGGUGAGAAACCCUACGAAUGUAAGGAAUGUAAGAAAGCCUUUAGAAGUGGUUCAAAACUUAUUCAGCAUCAGAGAAUGCACACUGGGGAGAAACCCUAUGAAUGUAAGGAAUGUGGCAAGGCCUUUAGUAAUGGCUCAGAUCUUACUCAACAUCAGCGAAUUCAUACUGGUGGGAAGCCCUAUGAAUGUAGAGAAUGUGGGAAGGCCUUUGCUAGUGGCUCAAAACUUAUUCAACACCAGCUAAUUCAUUCCGGUGAAAAACCCUAUGGAUGUAAAGUGUGUAGAAAGUCCUUUAGUAGUAGUUCUGCUCUUAAUAGGCACCAGAGACCUCAUGGUAAGAAAACUUAUGAAUGUAAAGAAUGUAGGAAAGCUUUGCUUAGUGACUAGAAUGCUACUCAAUCUCAGCAUCAGAGAUAGCACACUGGUUAAGAAACUUUAUCAAUAAAAGGAUUAUGGGAAGCUUUGGGGAGGGUUGAGAUUUUCAGCAACAUAAGAAAAGUCACAAAGUCGAUACUAGAAAUUCUGUAAAGUGAAAUUAAGUGAUAAAAAGACUUUCAACACAUGGUACAAGAAAAUUCAUAGUUGUGAAAAUCUUUACAAAUAUAAUUAAAGCACACAUGACUUGUGCUUCACUGGCUAGCCUAAGAGAAUAUAGGAAAAAAACUACCCUACAUAUAUAUUGGAAGA